AGUCGCCAUCUUGAAUUUAGCCGGCGUAUGAAAGUUCCGAAAAGUCCAUCCUAAAAAAUCGUAAUCAUGGCGGCUAAAAGGGCAGCCAAGAAAGCUGUGGAUUGGGCAGCAUUUGCAGAAAGAGUUCCAGUCAACCAGAAAUCUCAGUUUAAUGCAUUAAAAGGAAAAUCAGACGCUAUACGAGCUAAGUUUAUGGCUACUCCAGAGAAGCCACCAGCGAUUGACUGGGCAUACUAUAAGGCUAGGGUCACCGUUCCAGGGUUAGUUGACAAGUUUCAGAAACAGUUUGCUGAUGUUAAGGUACCAUUCCCUCAAGAGAAUGUUACUGGAAAGAUAGAUGAGCAGGAAAAACUUAUGGAUAAGCAAGCUCUAGAAUUCAAGGCAGCCUCUGAGGCCCGAAUUGCAAAGUAUGAAAAAGAGAUAACUAAACUAAACGGAAUGAUUCCAUUUGAGGAGAUGACCAUUGAAGAAUAUGUCGAGUAUUUCCCUGAGUCUGCCGAAAAUCUAAAGAAAUAUCCAUGGUGGCCACACAUACCCAUCUGGGAACAGAAGGCCUAAGUAGAAUCCACAUCCAGCACCCGUAACAUACAUCAACCAAUCAAAAACCCCACCACCCAUAACAUACAUAUACCAAUCAAAAAUAUCUUUGUAGCCAACAUGGCCUUUACUAGUAUAAAGCGCCCUCUAUCAUUGUUGGAUGAACUGCCUGUCACCGUAGCAAUAAUGCAAAAUUGAAACUGUUUACACAAUGCAUUAUCCUCAGGGUAGAAAUAUAUAUUGCUGUUAAGAUGUUUCUGGUGUUUAAAAAAAUUAUUUCAGGAUUGGGCUGAUGGAAUGUUGAUGUAAUAUUCAAUCUAUUUAAGCAAUUUGCUGUGUAAUACCAAUUUAUGAUUGUAAUUUGUUCCCAUGGUGACUAACAUAGACAUUGAUGAAUGC